GGGGCGGCAGAGCCUGUAGAGGAGUGUCUGGCUUUUCCUGGUGCUCCGCUUCCUCCUCGCAACCCGGAGUUCUCCGGCCGUGCCUCUCGACUUCCACAAUGGAUGAUACUUCAGACGAACCUCCCACUUCUGCUGUCAUUUUAGACAGCAGCCACUUCUCCCACGUCAUCUUUAACGACGUGGAGAAAUUCUAUGUUCCUGGAGGAGACGUAACCUGUCGCUAUACUCUGACACACAACAUUGUUCCUCGUGGGAAGGACUGGGUGGGCAUCUUCCGGGUGGGAUGGAAAACCACCCGAGAAUAUUACACGUUCAUGUGGGCUCCUCGGCCCAGUGAUGUCCAUGGUGAUAGUGCUGUGCAGCAAGAGAUCCAGUUCAAAGCUUACUACCUGCCCAAAGAUGAUGAGUAUUACCAGUUCUGCUACAUUGAUCAGGAUGGUACAAUCCGUGGAGCCAGUGUGCCUUUCCAGUUCAGAGCAGAAACUGAGGAUGAUAUUCUGGUGGUUACCACACAGGGAGAAGUGGAAGAGAUUGAACUACAAAACAAAAACUUGCUUAAAGAAAAUAAGAAGCUACAAGCCAACUGUGAAAGUCUCCAAAAACAAAACACAGAUCUGCAGGAAGACCUCAAGAAGACACAGGAGCUACAAAAUGUUUUGGAGUCCCUUAGGAGCAGCACGGAAAAGUUGGAGCUGGAGCUGAGUUCCCUGAAAAAGGAAAAUAAGCACCUGAAGGAGCUGAAUGAGUGCAGAGAGGCAGAACUGCACCAAUUCAAAGAGCAAAUUCAGAAUGUAACCUCUGAAAAGGAACGUCUGGAAACCAAACUGAAAACAGCCCUGGAUCAUGUCGAUCAGCUGCAGUCUCAACUUCUGAGUUAUGAGAAGGAAAUUGAAGACCUGGUUCAUUCGAACCGUGACAAGACUAAGCAGUGUGAAAGUUUAAAGGAGGAGAAUAACCAGUUAUGCAUGACUAUAACUCAGGAGGAAGAGCAAAAGAAACAACUUAAAAAUUGCCUGGAGCACUUGAAGGGAGCAGAGGCCAACCUGACACUUCGUCUGCAGAACGAACAGCGACAAAACAGUGACUUAAUGAAAGAGCUUGAGGAGCAGAAGCGUUUGUUUCAGACUUUGCAAGCAAAAAAGAAGGAAUCUGAUGAGGAAAAUCAGAAACUAAGGAAAGAGAAGGAUUCCUUUCUGAGGCGUCUCUCUCAUCCUAGAGACGUUUCUUCUUCUGUUUCACAAGCCCAAGCUUUUGUUCCAGCUCCUGAAGACUUUGUAUUUGGAAAUCCAUAUCAUGCUGCAGGAGCAAACCAGGAGGCAAGAGCCACAGGAAUAGAUUCUAUCAGGAAAUGCCCCAUAUGCAAUGACAUUUUUCCUGAUGAUAUCGAAACAAGAGACUACGAGGCCCAUGUGCAGAGCCAUCUUCUGGAGUGCCCAGUCUGCAAUGAAGCCUUUGAAAAGUCUAAUCAGCAGGUGUUUGAUGACCAUAUGCUUUGCCAUAGCCUGGAAUGAUUCUGAAUCCUUAUCUGUUCUGCAGAAUAGGUGGCAGAGGCUGCAGCUUAGAACAGACCAAAAUUAUUCUAGGGACUUGAUCUAUGCUAGUAAGAAAUGGAAUUGUCAUCCUCUUAAGUCCUCUGUCUUGGAUCAAACAACUGUGCUUGCUAAAUGAGUUACAAAUCCUGUUAUUAAUAACUAUUUAUCCAGGUAGGGCCAAAUAAUAGAUCUAGUACAGCAGUUUUCUGUACUCAGCUGAUACAGGUCUGCUAUAAUGGUUUUAUUAUUCAGUAGAGCACUGUGAUUGCUAACCAAAGAGCAGAAGUAUUGCAUAGUCUUUUAGGACCAUACCUUCAGUCUGGUUCAGCUUCUGGAAUAUGGAGUUAAAUACUAAUAAAUACAAAAGUCUAAAUAAGAAUACAUUUUCUUUUCUUCUUUUGCCUUUACCCAUAAAAAAAAGUGAAAUAUAUAUUUAUAAAGAAACUACUUAUUUGCAGAUCUAAAGGUCUAGGGCUCUUCUUACAGCAGAGUAGGCAGCAUAGCUUAGUGUAGAACAAGGUGCAUGCACUGUUGUCCCUUUUUUCCUGUAUGACCAGACUGAAAGCAAAUGGUGAUAUAAACAAUCUGUGCUUGUGCAGUCACUCUGACACUGUCACGCGUCCAUCUCAUGGUGAGGGAACCCUGAUGUUUAUGAAACAGGAAAAGUCAGAAUGGCCUGGAGCCCAUAGGAAAGCAGUAGCUGAGUUGUCAUGACAGUGCUGAGGAUAAAUGGGCUCUCAGUCUUGAAACUGGGCAUCCUCAUUUAAAGGAAGUGAUGAAAACCUUCAUGACUUAAAAUGAAGAGCCUGUUCUCAAACUAAAACAUUGUGAUUGAAAACUGCUAAGUGCCUUGGGACAUUACAGUGCUUUGAGGAUGGAUUAUCCAGUUACUAUUUUUAUUUCUGCUUUGGGAUUUUCAAGUUAUGAUUAACAGUUCUUUUGUCCAUGCACAUACAAAUGGGUGAAGUUUUAUUAUCCAGCUGUAUUAGACGUUUCCUGCUGAAUAUCUGAAGCAAGAGAAAAUCAUAAGAAGUUUACAUAGAAUUUUAAGACUAUUAAGAGUAACAAAGACUUCAAAAUAUUUUGAUUCUACACAUAAUUUUUUUUUUAAUCUAGGUUUAAAUGGAGUAUUUCUGUCUUUAAGAUGUACUAUACUGGUAAGCAUUAUUUUAAAAAUCUGUAAUAGAAAAUAAGAGCAGAUGAAAAAUAAAAGCUGUAUUGAGAAA